GCACUAACAUGGAGUGCUCUGAUUCUUGGCAGGUUUUAUGCUGCGGAAGUACUUCUAGCCCUGGAGUAUCUACACAUGUUGGGUGUUGUGUACAGGGAUCUGAAACCAGAAAAUGUUCUUGUGCGUGAUGAUGGGCACAUAAUGCUUUCAGAUUUUGACCUCUCCCUGAGAUGUGCAGUCUCACCUACACUCAUCAGAACAUCAGCUUUUGAUUCUGAUCCCAGAAGAGCAGGUGGAUCUUUCUGUGCACAACCUGCUUGCAUGGAACCUACUUCAGCCUGUAUUCAGCCUGCAUGCUUCCUUCCCAAAUUCUUCGGUCAGAAGAGCAAGAAAAAGACUAGAAAGACAAGAUCUGAGUUGGGACAGAAUGCUGGCACCCUGCCCGAGCUUGUUGCUGAACCAACGUCGGCUCGGUCGAUGUCAUUUGUUGGGACUCAUGAAUACUUGGCACCUGAAAUCAUCAAAGGCGAAGGCCAUGGAAGUGCUGUUGACUGGUGGACCUUUGGCAUCUUCCUUCAUGAGCUGCUGUAUGGCAAAACCCCAUUCAAGGGGUCAGGAAACCGUGCCACACUGUUUAACGUGGUUGGUCAGCAGCUAAAAUUUCCAGAGUCACCAUCCACAAGCUACUCUAGCAGAGACCUCAUCAGGGGGCUUCUGAUCAAGGAACCACAGAACCGCCUAGGAGUGAAGCGGGGAGCGACAGAGAUAAAGCAGCACCCCUUCUUCGAAGGUGUGAACUGGGCUCUCAUCCGGUGCAGCACUCCACCUGAGGUCCCAAGACCCGUUGAGGCAGAGCUGCCAGUGAAGUAUGGUGUGGCCGAGGCAAUCGGGAGCAACAGCAAGAGGAUAGUUGCCGCGGACGUGAAGUCGGGUGGAAAGUACCUGGACUUCGAGUUCUUUUAGAGUAGGUGCCCAGUGGCUGCUAUUGUUUGCUUACUGUUGGAGUGUUGGUGUAUGGUCAGUUUGAUGUCGUGUGAUUCGAUAUGGUGGUCUGUAUCUCACCAUCGGUGCAAAAUUAUCAGAUCUGAAUUGACCAGAAUUAGAUAGUUGUGUUUGCCUACUAAA